AUGGAUGCCAACGAUCUCUUCGAACAAACGUGCAAGCGAACUACGAAUUAUGGUUUAUGCAUCUCUUUUCUCCGAUCAAAUCCGCGGAGCUCGGGUGCGGAUGUGAGAGGCUUGGCCCUCAUAAUGGUUGGUGUAAUUGAGGCCAAGGCAAAGGGGACACUGAGCCAGAUUAAAGACCUCAUCAAGGCAAGUCCUCAGCGUGAUGAUAAGCAACCCUUGAGUUCUUGUGCUGAGUAUUAUGAUGCAAUUUUAAGUGGUGAUGUUCCUGAAGCCAUUCAAGCUCUCAAGACCGGUAACUACAAGUUUGCAGAGCAAGGGAGCAAUAACGCUGCAUUAGAGGCUAAUAUGUGUGAAAAUAGGUUUUCAGGAAAGUCUCCUCUGACUAAGAUGAACAAACUUGUGCAUGAUGUGGCUGUUGUAGCUGCAGCCAUAACAAGAGUACUACUCACCGGUUGA